CGCCGCGAUUCCUAGUCUAAUAGGCAUCCCAGCAGGCAACCAUAAAAAUAUUGAAUCUUACGCUCGUCCCUUUACAAUGCCGGGACUCACAACCAAAGGUUUCCAGCUUUCCUUCUGGCGCCUGAGGACACAUUUGAACCUCCAAUGGCGAGAAUGAAUAGGAAUAAUGGCUUUUCUUCGUUUGAGAGGACAAGUAGCCGAUAGCUCAGCCCUGAGGCCAAAUCUACACCGCCACCCCAAGUGGGCACGGCCGUGAUCCGACGACAAUCCAAGCCAAGCAGGCUGCGCCUUUCGUCUGUCCAGGCAGCGAUAUUCUCUUCCUGAGAACACCUAUGCCAAUUCUCCUCAAAAUCAGAUCUCUCUCUUUACUUUCUUCAGUCCUCGCUACGCAACAUCCUAGAGCGUCAACGACACAGUAGAAUAACACAUUGUCAUAUCCAGCACCAACGUGCCCAGCGGCUCAUACACUCCAGUCUCACGAUGUCCCCCUCCAACCUCACUCCAGCGGCCCCUGAAUCUAAGCCCAAGGCCAAGCCGCGCACACGGGUCGCAAACAACCCUCAAAAGACUUCAUACUCCUUCAACCACGUCCCCAUCCCCGAAGACUUCCUCUCUGGCCCUCCGCCCGCAGACGCGCCCCCCGUGACCCUCGAGAAGAUAGAUUGGUCCACGUCCCCACUCCCAGAGAACGGAACCCUGUACGCUGUGGUCCUCGACAACGUCCUCACGCCGGGGGAGUGUGCGCAGCUGAUCCGCAUGGCGGAGGACAGCGCGGCAGGCCGGGGCGAGAGCGACGACGAGGCGUGGCAGCCGGCAAUGGUAAACAUCGGGCAAGGGUGGGAGAUCCUCGAGCCCGAGUACCGGAACAGCGACCGCAUCAUCUGGGAUCAGCAGGAGAUCGUCGACCGGUUGUGGCGGCGGUGCCGGCUCGCGCCGGGGCUGGAGGCGCAGCUGGCGGAGGUAGACGGGUCGCGCAACCCCGCCAAGGGGCAGGAGACGAGGUGGGUGUUUGACAAGUUCAACAAGCGGAUGAGGUUCUUAAAGUAUCAAAAAGGACAGUUUUUCAGACCGCACUGCGACGGCUCCUACAGCGAGGAGGGUGAGGACGGAACCGUCUACCGGACGCACUAUACCGUCCAGCUCUACCUCAACGAUUCAGUAGCCGGGGCGGGUGGGGGCGAGGGCGCGGCGGACCUCGUGGGAGGCGCAACGUCGUUCCUGUCGGGCGACGAAAAGAGGAAGGUUGACGUCGACCCGAGGGCCGGCAGGGUGCUCAUCUUUCAGCAUAGCCGGCUAUACCACUGCGGCGACGACGUCGUUCAGGGGACCAAGUACGCCAUGCGGACGGACAUCUUGUACCGCCUCGUAAUGACGAAGAUUCAGACCAGCGAGGUUGCAGAGAGCAAGGGCCAGUCUGGGAGCGGGUGAAUAUGAACGAGCCUGAGGAAUUUCGGAUGUGGCAUGUUAGCAAAGAGGGAGCGCUCCGAGUGUCGUUCUGUUAGAUAGUAUUGGUUAUGUUUGCGACUUAUUUGUCGUCGAUGAACAAGGCACAGAGAGAGUACAAGAGCCGAUACAAAGCUUAUUUUUCACUGCUCAAUCCCGACUCGAGAUCGAAUUGACAAAAAGAACGACAAUUCGUCCGAUAUGCAAGCAAACAAACAUGUUGUGC